UCAUGGGUUUUACUGCGUUUCUCUUACCCUGUACUCCAACGACGGCUCGUGCUCUUGUAAAGCCAGCUCAUGUUUGGAUGGGAGGAAUCAUCUUGGUACUAGGCAUUGUGUCCUGCAUCUCAGGGAUCAACGAAAAACUCUUUUUUGCACUAAAAGGAAACACCAAUGGGACGCUGCCUUAUUCCGCAUUACCACCAGAGGCAAUAACUGCAAAUGCAUUGGGAGUCAUCAUUGUAGCCUUUGGAUUGGUUGUUUUGAAAAUCUUAUCCAAUCAGAUAUGGCAGCGUCCUGAGCCAGGCUAUGAAGAGGGAGUUUACCAGCCACUGGGGUAUGAUGGAAGCUGAUGUGCCAAAGCUGAAAUGACUGAAAGCUAAAUAUUAUCUGCAUUCUGACUGAUUUGCACUCUUCAAUGGAAUCAAAGUCCCCUGAUGUAACAACCGUUCGUCUUCCUAUUCCUAAUUAUACAGAGCGCUGCAAAUUUUCUCUUUAUUAUAUGUUUGAUUUGAUUGUGCUGCUGUUGUUGUUGUAAAGCAUAAGGCAAAUUAUCGGAUGUAAAAUCACUGCUUGAUUGUCAGUGGUUUGUGCUUAUUUAUUAUUUGAGAAGACUUCUAUAAUAAAUGAUUAAAAUCACUUCAUUAAACCAGCUGUUUGCCUCUGUGAA